UUAAUGGAAAAAUGAUUGGUAAUUUAGUUUUUUCUCUUAAAAUUAUGACUUAAUAACUUCACAAAGAGCGACGUCUUUACUUUGGUAAAAUUAAGACUAUAUUUCUAUUAAUAUUAUAAAUACAAUUAAAUUAUGAUUCAAAAUGUUAUUACAUAUUUACUUGACUUUAUUGUAGAGGAAAUUUAAGUUUAUUUUCUCAAAAUCUCUAUUUUGGCUCUAUUACUUUGCCGUACUGAGCUAAUCUUACUUACUUCAGAUAAAUACUGACACGUUUGCUGGACUGUGUCUUCAGGUCCCAGUGUCCUCCCAAUCCCGGACACCAUCUUUAACAUCGUUCUACUGGGACUAACUGGGACCGGAAAGAGUUCAUCUGCAAACACCAUCCUGAAUACUGGAGGGUCCAAGCAGGACAUAAUGCCAUUUAGAUCCGAGGCGAGCUCCAUCCCCGUCACCAACAACUGUGACGUCAGAGUCAUGAACAAGCCGUUCGGGGUCCCCGUGAGACUGGUGGACACUCCGGACUUCUUCAGCGAGGACCUCAGGAACCCUGAGGCCCACCUAGAGGAGUGUAGGAGGUACUGUCAGCCAGGGCGGGGUGUGGUGCUGCUGGUGGUGCAGCUGGGCCGCUUCACCGACGGAGAGAGAGGGAUCUUACCUAAGCUGGAGGAGAAGCUGGGCUGGAGGAUCAGGGAGGAAACCAUCCUGCUGCUGACCCACAGAGACGACCUGAAGGGAGACCUGUUCAGUCACGUCCACACACAUCCAGACCUCAAGGGACUCGCUGAAUUGUGCAGUUUGGGUUUUCACGCGUUCAACAACAAGCUCCAGGACAACAAGCAGGUCAUCAAGCUCCUCAAGAAGAUUCCAAACUACAAACAACGUUUCCCGAAGAUCGCAAAGAAAGAAGACGUUAGCUGCCACUUGAGUUAGAUCGGCUCCACGUGCUCAUCAGUGCACGGCCUGAACGUGCACGUGACCAAGGAAUCAUACAAACAUGUUAAUCCACUCAUCAUCUCCUCACCACCAGAGACACACGUUAUCUCUCAUCUUAGUUCAGUCUUUGUAUUUAUUCUUAUACUUCCUCCUUCUCAACCUGCUCAGUCAUAACUUUUGGAUGUCAGCUGACGUGUGAGCUCUCUGUUGAUUGGUCAGCGAUGCAGAUUAUAAAGUCAGACAUGAUCACAUGAACUCUCGUCAGGUCGCUGUUGAGUUAACAGAUCGGAUUUGUUUCCUCUCUGUUUGUGAUUUAAUAAUCAAUCUGUGAGAACGAUUUCUGUUUAUCUGAAUUUCAUAUGAAACGUUGAGUCACACUGUCACGAGAAAACUAUCAGACAUUUUGUUAAAUUGAUCAAUAAAUACUAUAAAAAACAAAUAA